ACCCUCCACGCUCCUCCUCUCUUUUGUCGCCACGUGUUUACCACCGCUCUCGUCCGAAUUUGUCAGCAUCUCUAUGCCACGCGGCGGCCAGUUUUCCGACGUUAAUUUCUUCGCUCUAAUGAAGAACGAACAGAGCACACAACAGUUGAAGUCUUCUUCUACCCAAGUUUCACAUGAGUCUCAAGGUGAACAGAAAGUUAAUUUAUCAAUAGAAGCUCCUAUACAAGAUUCUGGUUCUGUAUCUGCCUCAAGUAAUGACGGUAGGAAAGUUUCAAGGCAAGAUAUUGAACUUGUCCAAAAUUUGAUAGAGAGAUGUCUUCAGUUGUACAUGAACAGAGAUGAGGUCGUCAAGACCCUCUUGACCCGUGCAAGGAUUGACCCUGGUUUUACAACCUUAGUAUGGCAGAAACUGGAAGAAGAAAAUGCAGAGUUUUUCAGGGCAUAUUACAUCAGACUGAAACUAAAGAAACAAAUAGUUGUAUUCAAUCAUUUGCUUGAGCACCAGUAUCACCUCACGAAGUAUAAUGUACAUUCAAAAGUUCCUCUGGUCCCGAUGCAGAACGGUAUUCAUCCCAUGGCAUCUGUGAACAACAUGCCCAUGGGAUAUCCAGUACUACAACAUCCACAAAUGCAUGCUCAAGGUCAUCCCCAUCUUGAUCCAAUGAGCUGUGGAAUGUCAAGCUGCCAUGUGGUUAAUGGAGUCCCUGCACCUGCUAAUUUCCAACCAAUGAGGAUCAACUCUGGGAAUGAUAUGGUAAUAGAUACGACCAUGGCUGAGCCAACUCCAAUGAUUCCACCAAACAGUGGUAUGUCGGAUAUGCCAGUGAGUCCAGCUUCUGUGGCGUCAAGUGGACACUUUCCAUUUGCUGCUUCAGACAUGUCAGGCAUGGGAAUGGAUACAUCAGCUCUUGAUUCUGCUUUCACAUCUGACGUCGCAACUUCAGUAGGGUUACAACUUGGAUCAGAUGGAGGAGCUGGAAAUUCUAGAGACCCUCUCAGGCCAUUUGAUCAGAUACCUUGGAACUUUAGUCUCUCUGACCUCACUGCAGAUUUGUCAAAUCUUGGAGAUUUAGGGGCCUUAGGAAACUAUCCCGGUUCACCUUUUCUUCCAUCCGAUUCAGAGAUUUUACUCGAUUCUCCUGAACAAGAGGACAUAGAUGAAUUCUUUGUGGAUUCGGUUCCAGGACCUCCAUGCUCACAGUCAGAAGAAGACAAGUCUUAAUCAAGAAUUCAAGUUUAUGAUAUUUGACAAAGUCUUUAUUUGCUUGUCUUAUUAUCUAGCAAACAAGCAAGGUUUGUGCCGUCUCGCUAUAUUAGAGAAAACCUCCAAACGGAUUUAAAGGUUUUCAUGAUCUCUUUUUUUCCUCUUCUAAGGUUAAUGAGAUAGACUUAGAGUAAUUGCUUAGUGUUCUUUAUUGUACACCUUUAUUUUGGGAUUCUGCAAGCAUGUAGAGACCAUAUAAUUGUAUAAUAUCCAAGUAUCUCUAAAUAAUCUAUUUUCUUGUUG